AUGACCGAACAUUACCGGAUGCUUGAGAUCCUCUUGGACCCCUCUCGCUAUGGGUCUAUUGCUGGACGUUUGUUCUUUCUUUCCUUGAUACUGUUCGCCAUGGCGUUUACGUACUGUGUCACGGACCUGUCUCACCGCCGCGAGGACAACUGGGACACGGCGACUAUCGAUGGCGCAAGCACCGUCGACCUGCCGGCCAGUAGCAUUGAUUACAUCAAGUCUACGUCGCCAAUGUACUGCUGUUCGGAAGACGUCGACGACGACUUCCCUUUAGAAUGCGCCAUGAGGGACCCGGCUCCCGAGACGCACUCCGUCACGCACCCAAAUGCACAACAGAUCAAUGAAAAUUCUACGGGAACCGACGGUCGCCAGGGAGCGCGUGCUGGGAACCAGCUUUUCGUGGGCAAGGUCCCUUCGGGCCUGUCUGCACCCGGGUUGCAAGACGACUUGGUCAGGCACCCGGGAAUUCCGAUUCCCGGCCUUGGCAGUGCUAGGGGACGCGCCGGUGGGAACAUGUACUCAAACAUCUACGCCCCCGUCGGAGUGGCUUUCCAGGGCCUACUCGAUAAGCCUGCAAUCCGCAAGGCCUCCAGACCCAAGCUUACUCGCCGAGUAAGCGUUCUAGACUACAAAGAACAGAAAGUGCGCGUCAAUGCCACCUUCAAACACGGAAGGCGCAAGAGCAGUGUUUUUGGUACUGUUACUUCUCCAGACGUCGAUCUCAUCAACUGCCGUACCCUUUCCCUCAAUAUCUAG